GGUGAGAGUAGCGUGCGUUACAUCAUGUUUGUUUGGGUAGUUGAAAUGAAAGCGCACAAUUUGGAAGAAUUCAAGGAGAAUAACAUCCCAGUAAAGAGUAUAUGAUAUAUUUCGUACACGACAUCCGUAAGAAAAAGACUGGGACAAGUCUACGGGUCAUUUAUAUCCCGCGGGUUAUGUGCAAAGUCGGACAAAGUCGUGGGCUUUGCAUUCCAUUGUUUCUAUUUUGGUUUGGAAUGGUGAAACUAACGCGCGGGAUUUUUCGUAAGUCACGCUCAACAGUUGAUCAUCUUGGCCGACAGCAAUAGUUAAUUCUUCGGUUUUCAUCAUCUUGAUAUCGAAAGCAUAGAGGAAAGUUCUGCUGAGGUAACUGCGGUUUAAAAAUAGCUCGCUGCGAGUUUUGACAGACUGCAACAUGAUCUUAAUUCCACACAAAACUGAGUGAAGCGCUGUGGCUGUUGAAACAGUUCGGUCGGCUUGCAGUCUUGACAAGUAAUAGUCUGAAUCUUUUCUUCUCAUUUUUCGCUUGCAUGCAUGUUAUUCUCUGUAAGGAUAGCUCAAUGAAAGUUUUACCGUCAAAAGUAGAUAUUACAGCGUCCAAAACUUAGCCCUAAUUCCUUGCCACUCCGUGUGAUGCUAGAUCAUAGAGAAAGGGAUUAGUGUCAGAAUUUUCAUGAAGACUUAGAUCGGAACCACUUCUGAAAGUUGAAAUGAACAGAAUUAGAGGCUUUGGUUUCUAGAGGAUAUGAAAAGGGGCUAAAAAGUACCAAAGAUAAUGGUUGACCACCAUUUUCCAACAAAUCUCACAUCACCAUUCAUGACAACGAAAGGAGAUUUUCUAGAUUCAGCUUCUAGUAUCAGUGGCAAUGAAUCAGUUUUUCCUGCAAGUACAUUAUCACCUCGCAGUGACCUAGAAUCUUCUUCUGACAUGACUUCCUUAUUGUUGACAACUGCUCCAUCAACAAAGGGUACAAGUUUCUUAGAUGAGAGUGGGUUUCAUUUGCCAACGGGAAAUUUAAAUAUAAGAGACACUGUUGACUUUGAAAAGUGGACAGAACAUGAUGAUACACAUCUCACAACCCAAGGAAAAACUGUCAGUACACCAAGAUCCCAGACCCCAAGCCCAGGUAUAAGCAAGAUGCUACUGAGCUUAUCUGACCAUCCUGUAGAAAGACCAUGUUCACCCAGUGCUUCGUCACUGUAUAGAAACACCAAAACACACUGUAACCCUUCAGAGCUUGGACAACAGACUUAUGAUGAAUGUAUGAAAUUCACAAGAUGGGCAAAUGCAUUUCUUCAGCACAGCCAAGACCAAUUUUUAAUCACUGAUUUGGUGAGAGACUUAGGAGAUGGCAUUACCUUGUUUAGCCUGGUUGAAAUGUUGGUUGGAGAGUGUCCUCCUCAACUACAUAUAAAGCCAGCCCUAGAUGUGCAGAAGAUGGAGAAUAUUCAGACUUGUCUGGACUUUUUGGAGCAUUAUGGAGUUUCUGUUAAUGGAAUAACUGCAGAUGAUAUUGUGAGAGGAAAUCUCAAAGUUGUGUUGGCUUUAUGUCAUAGUCUUUACAGACAUGUUGGUUCUAGUGGAGUAAGUGAUCCUCAAAUAACUCAUCAGGUGGACAAUGAUGAAUUGUCACUGUUUAGCUGGGUGUCAAAGGUUACUGGCAAAGAUGUUGUUGAUUAUCAGAGUUUUCAAGAUGGUACAAUUUUAUGUUUGCUAUUAAACAAGACUAUUGAAGGAGUUAUUCCUAGCUUGGUUUUAGAAUUUGGCUCAGCAUCUGAAAAACUGUGCCUUGCUUUGAAAGUUUCUGCUGAACAACUACUUGUGGAACCCAGACUAAAGGCAGAGAGCAUCAUGGAUCUAAGACAUCGAGAACAUUUCAUGGAGUAUUUGAAAUUGUUGUAUAGAGUUUAUAUAAACAAAUCAAAGAAGGCGUUUGAUGCAUUUGAGCAGAGAAACACAAGAAGAGAGCUUAAAAGGCAGUUGGUUAGAGAACAAAAACUUCGCUCUGAGAGGUAUGGCUCUGAUUUGACUUAUCUUGGGGAACUUAGCCAAGAUAAAUCCCGUAUUGCUCGAGAGAAGCUACAGAUUUCUCUUGCUAACACCUCGAGGGGUUUGUCAAGCAAUGAAAGUUUAGUAAGCCAAAGAAGACUGAAGGGCCAUGAAAGCGGUGAUUUGAGUCCUUUAACAAAUGGUUCCCAGAACUUAUGUAGAAGUGGAGUUCUAAACAACACCAAACGGAAACUGGAUGAUUUGAAAAAAGAACUGGAACUUUUGAAGGUUGAACUAAGAGAGGAUACAGAUGAAAAGUACAGCGACAAAAGUUACUUAAGGUCAAAUUAUCCUUCCCGUGAUUAUUUCACGAGUGGACUUAGAGAACCGAUUUCGCGAAGAAAACAAGCGAGCACCAGACUGGAACUUAGACACGUUUUUCGUGGACAAGGAGGUACAUCUAUGGAUGAGAAAACUCUAAAAAAUGGUCAUAACAGCCACGUAGCUGUAGAAAGAACUAAAAAUGUCUAUGAUACUGAUUCUGGUAGUAGUAAACACCUCUUUACUGCUUGUUACCUUGGAGACAUUCCAAGAAGCUUUGAUGAUUCAUGUUCACGAGUAGGACUUGGUCAUAGAAAUGAUGGAAUGAGUGUUACACUCAAAGAAACGAUUGAACAACCUACAUCCUCCAUUCAUAAAGUAACAAGCACCUUUCCUCGCGAGGACCCUGACUCUAAAUCAGUGUUUCCUUCACAGCCAAGUAGUAGAUCAUUGUGUCAUGAUAAACCCCAUACUGUAGGAACUAAAGAAAUUAGUAACUUGUUCGAUGUCGACUUUGGUAAUGCGGGUGAGGAUACGGGUGGCGAUCGGGAAACAUCUGUUUUCAACAGGAUGCUUAGAGCUGGAAGUGAUGCGAAAUUAGAAGGAAGUAAUUUACGCUAUGAUCUGGAUAGUCAUACUGUUCGUUCCUUGAGUCAAGGCAGUUAUAAACCCGGCGCGCAAGCGAAAGCGUCUGUGGCGAACCCUUAUAGGAUGCAGGAAAGAGAAAAGGUUUUGGAUAAAUCGUUUGGCCUAUCUCUUUCAACUAAGCCAGUUAGAAACGCAGAAAAAGUAAAUACGAUGGAGAAGCCUUCUAUUGAUGCGGCUACGAAUGGCCCCACCAUAAAACCAAGGACUCUUUCAAAAAACAAGCGCCACAGUGGACAAGUAGUGCCCAAAAAUCCAGCCAAAAGCAACAAGACACCAUCAACUAAAUCACAUCUGCAUGCACUUACUGCGCUCAUACGUAUGAGCGCUAAAAAUGCAAGCGCUAUGUUUGAAGAAGAACCUCAGUGAACCGUUUCGAUAUUUAGUAUUUAUUAUCUUAUCAUUUAUUGUAAUGAAUAUUAAUAAUUUCCCUUAUGGUUUCCCUUAUAUUUUUUGGAUCAAUGUCAGUUUCUAAGUAACUGCGCACCUACCCAUUCCUUACCCUUCCACUAACCCAACAUUUGAGAUCAGCUUUUUAAUGUCACUACCACUGGACUGUACUAAACGCGGUCGUUUUUCUUUUAUAUAAAGAGAUAAACUCUUGUGCUGAAUUUGUUUCUUUUCGUAGGAAAUAAUCUCAUUUUAAUGAUAGAUUCGUUAGCUUUGUAAAGUCUGAGAAAGAUCUUCUAAAAUUAAAAAAAAUUGCCUCGUUCAGUUA